AUGGAAGAAGUUGAAAUUCAGAACAAGACUGACAAGUCCCGGGUUUUAAAUGAAGAUGAACAUGCAUUUACAAGCCAACAAAAUUUUACGAAAGGUGAAACAAAAUACUGUAGAUUUUCACUAAAGUAUGUGGGAUUAAAACAGCCAUGGAAGUUGGUAGUGUAUUGUAAUGCAUCAUACGCUAAUCUCAAAGAUGGUUCCUCUCAAGGAGGUAUGAUCAUAUUUCUUGUGGACAGGGAAAGAAGAGCUUCACCAAUCAACUUGGAUAUCCAAAAAGUUGAGGAGAGUUUGCAGAAGCACAAUUGCAGCAUAAACAAUGUCACUGUUGGAUGCAGUGGACACAUCAGUGUGGCUAUCUCAUUUAUUGGAUGA